GCUUUAUCUACCAAGAUGAUGUCCAGAAAGCUUAUCGAUGAAAGCCGCGAAGGUUACCUGGACAACGAGAAUUCGCCCUUCCUGAUCAGCAACUACGGCUACGGCAAGGACAGCGUCAAGGUGAUGCACGUGGUCCGCAACGGGUUGGUGCACACGAUAAAGGAGUUUGAGGUGGGAACGAAGCUGAAGCUACGCAGCCAAAAGGACUAUCUCGAGGGCGACAACAGUGACAUUGUGGCGACGGAUUCGCAAAAGAACACCGUGUACCUGUUGGCCCGCAAGCACGGUUUGAAGUCGCCGGAAGAGUUCGGCAUACUGCUGUGCCAUCACUUCCUGAGCAAGUACUCGCACGUCGAAGAGGUAUCGAUACACAUCGACGAGUAUCCGUGGUCCCGGAUGGGCUUCGGUACCGGCCCGUACAAGGAUCUGCAUAAUCACGCGUUCGUCUUCACACCGACCGCCAUCCGGUACACGGACGUCACGCAGAAGCGCACCGAAAUCAAACCGACUGUCAUCAGCGGGCUGACGGAUUUGCGCGUCCUCAAAACGACACAGUCUGCGUUUGUGAACUUCGUGAACGACGAGUACCGGUCGUUGCCGGACCAGCACGACCGUAUCUUCAGCACGGUGGUCCGCUCGUCCUGGCAGUACUCCACCGUCACCGGGGUCGACUUUGAUUACUGCUGGAACAAGGUGAAGCAGUGCAUACUGAACAAUUUUGCCGGCGAAACGGAGAAGGGCAUCUUUUCGCCGAGCGUACAAAACACGCUGUACCUGGCGGAGAAGCAGGUGCUGGAGACGAUACCGGAGAUAUCGUCGAUCGACAUGACGAUGCCGAACAAACAUUACUUUACGUUUGACUUUAGCAAAUUCCCGAAGGUGGUGAACGAGGUCGAGCUGAAGGAGGAGACGGUGUACGUGCCGGUGGAUAAGCCGGCGGGCAUCAUCUACGCACAGCUCGAUCGGAAAUCGGAUCAGUACGUGAAGAGUAAACUAUGA